AUGACACCAAAAUUUGACGUGACUCAAUCGUUGUAUAUUAAAUCACAUAAAUCUAAAAUUUAUAAAACUAGAAAAUAUAAAUUUUCAAACAUUUAGAAGUAUUUCUGAAUAAAUAUAUCAAUUAUAAUUCAAUAAAACUUUUAAAAAUAGCAGUAAUUUUCCAGGUCUAAGGAUGUAAUAUAAUAUCUGAUAAUUAUUCAAAAUUUUCCUCAAUGAAUAUGAUUUUCUAUGAAUUUUAUACUAAGAAAUAAAAAGUAAAUAUAUUUAAAAUUCACAAAAAAGGAAAAUAAGGGUGCAAACAUUAAGAUGAUGUCUGCGCCCGACAAACAUGAAUCAAACAGAAAUAAAGUUCCGUCCAACGAUUAUUACGUAAGUGAUUAUAUAUAAUUUAAUUAAUCAAAUUAAGAUAUGUAAAAGCUAAAAGAAUCGUAAUUGAAUAAAGUAUAUUUUAGUAAUUUAAAAUCAUAAAAAAUAUCAUUAAAUGAAGUGUAAAGUAAGUUGAAAGCAGAGUUAUGGUGUCACAAUGGUGAUACGUUGGCAAUGCACCAGAAUCUUGAGCAUUCGAGAGGAUUGUUGUGCAGUGUCUACAACCUCGAAGGCUCUUCUUGGACAAAGACAACAUGGGCAAUCUCUAGAUCUUUUUGCGAAGUCUAGAGAUUAAUGAAAUGACUCGUCGAGUCAUCUCCAGCGGCUAUCACCCAAUGGAGCAGAAAAAUGACAACUUUGCAGCUCUCAGGCAGUAGUCACCUAACGGAGAAGAGCUGGAUGGAGGUGGGGCACGUGUCUGACGUGACUCAGUCGUUGUAUGUUAAAUCACGCAAAUAUAAAAUUUAUAAAACUAGAAAAUACGAAUUUUCGGAUAUUUAGAAGUAUUUCUAAAUAAAUAUAUCAAUUAUAAUUCAAUAAAAAUUCCAAAAAUAGCGGUAAUUUUCCAGGUCGAUCACAGGGAUGUAAUAUAAUAUCUGGUAAUUAUUCAGAAUUUUUCUCAAUGAGUACAAUUUUCUUACGAAUUUUAUACUAGGAAAUAAAAAGGAAAUAUAUUUAAAAUUCACAAAAAAAAGGAAAUAAGGGUGCGGACGUCAGGAUGACGUCAGCGCCCGGCGAACGCGAAUCAGGCGGAAACAGAGUUCCGCCCGGCGAUUCUUACGUAGGCGAUUACAGACGACUCAAUUAAUCAAAUUAAGAUCUGUAAAAGCCGGAAGAAUCGUAGUUGAACGAAGUAUAGUUUGGUAAAUAAAAAUCAACAAAGUAUCACUAAAUGAAGCGUAAAUUAAAUUGAAAGCAGGAAAACAGAGUUCCGGCGUCGCGACGGCGAUGCGUCGGCGAUGCACCGGAAUCCUGAGCGUUCGGGAGGAUCGUCGUGCAGUGUCCACGGCCUCGAAGGCUCUCCUUGGACAAAGACGACGUGGGAAAUCUCUAGAUAAAGCAGGAAAACAGAGUUCCGGCGUCGCGACGGCGACGCGUCGGCGAUGCACCGGAAUCCUGAGCGUUCGGGAGGGUCGUCGUGCAGUGUCCACGGCCUCGAAGGCUCUCCUUGGACAAAGACGACGUGGGCAAUCUCUAGAUCUUCUCGCGAAGUCUAGAGACCAAUGAAGUGGGUCGUCGAAUCGUCUCCGGCGGCUGUCACCCGGCGGAGCGGAAAAACGGCGACUUUGCGGCUCUCCGGCGGCUGUCACCCGACGGAGAGGGGCUGGAUGGAGGUGAGGCGCGUGUUAGGGAGCUUCAUCCUCAGGUCCGCGCAGCAAGAGGAGGCUCUUCAUCGCAUCUGGUACGCUCUCAGGAGGUGGCGACUGGUCUCCCGGCGGAUCGUCCUCUUCCCGACGACGGCUUGUUCGUCGAUCAAUCGGAGAUGA